AUGACCGCCCCUGUUUUAGAGCCUAUUGAUGGCGCAGUUCCGGGAGCCCCAGGUGUGAUUGAGUUAAAUGGGACAUCAAAGACUAACGGAAUUCACUCGUUGUACCAAGCCAAAAUGGCUGCGACUCUUGAAACCGAGAUCAAUGGAGACCAGGUACCAAAGGAUUGUUCCAUUCCACUCAACACGGAUUAUGCCUAUAAGCCACGCAAAUUACGAGUUGUGACUAUUGGGGCUGGAUUCUCAGGUCUUUUGAUGGCUCAUAAAAUCCAGCAUCGUCAUCCUGAACUUCAAGAAUUUGUGCAGCACACCAUUUACGAGGCAAGGGGCGAUGUUGGUGGCACUUGGCUGAUCAACACGUACCCAGGGUGUCAGUGUGAUGUCCCCAGCCACAUUUACGCAUUCCCAUUUGACCCAAAUCCAAACUGGAGUCGAUUUUACUCCAGCGCUGGUGAGAUUCAAGACUAUAUCAAGCAUACGGUCCAGAAAUGGAAUCUUGAUAGGGAUCUUGAACUGAAUACGAAGGUGGUGGGCGCAUAUUGGGAGGAGGAUUCCGGACGUUGGAGGUUGAUUGUUGAGAAGGAAGGAAAUCAGCGCGUUGAGUAUUGUGACCUGUUGAUAUCUGCGCAGGGUGUUCUCGUGUAUUUCUCUCUUUUGAUUCUCCUCACGUUCAGUCCUGUCCGGCUAAUAUGCAAGUAUAGUCACCAUUCGUGGCCUGACAUUCCUGGCCUCCAUGAUUUCAAGGGUCACAUCACUCACUCUGCACACUGGGAUCAUAGCUAUGACUACUCCAAUAAGCGCAUUGCGGUUAUAGGAAAUGGGUCAUCUGGAAUUCAAAUCACGCCGCAGAUGGCCAAGUUACCCGGAACUGAGGUGGUCAAUUUCAUGCGCAGCCCAGCAUGGGUGUAUUAUCGUGUCCCACCAUCCAAACAUCUAGGGAGAGAUGUCGAGGAUGCUAAUCCCGCAUAUUCAGAAGAAGAAAGGCAACGGUUUCAGGAUCCAGAAGAGCAUAAAGAGUAUCGAAAAGGCAUUAUCUCUCGAACCAAUAAAGCUUUCCGCUUGGCUUGCAAGUUUGGGGCGCAACAAAUGGCAGAAAAGUUGAAGUACAACCCAGAUCUUUGCGAGAAGCUGAUUCCAAAAUGGGAAGUUGGAUGUCGUCGGGUAACCCCAGGCCCUGGUUAUUUGGAAGCUUUUGCGAACCCCAAUUGCAAGCUGAGCAACAGUCCUAUAACGAAGAUUACAGAAAGUGCGGUACACACCGCAGACGGAAAUAUCUUCGAGUGCGAUGUCGUCAUCUGUGCAACAGGAUUUGAUGUGUCUCAUCGCCCUCAUUACCCGAUAGUGGGCCAAGAUGGAGUGAAUCUUGCUGAAAAAUGGGCCGAUGAGCCUGAGUCCUACAUCUCUGUCGCAACAUCCAAGUUUCCGAAUUAUUUUAUCAUGAUGGGUCCCAAUUGUCUGGGUGGACAUGGAUCUCUAGUGGAAUCGCUCAAUUGGACAGGAGACUACUUCGUCAAAUGGAUUAAGAAGAUCGCGACUGAGGAUAUCAAGUAUGUUGUUCCAAAGCGUUCUGCCGAGGAGGCAUUUGUCAAAUAUGGAGAUGAAGUGCACAAGACUUUGGUAUGGACAGGCGGCUGUAAAAGCUGGUAUAAGCGCAACCGAGUCGACGGCCGUGUCACGGCAUUAUUCGGUGGCAGUGCGAUACUCUUUCAGCGAAUGAUUAGUGAUCUUCGUCCGGAGGACUUUGAGAUUGAGCAUAACAGUCCCAAUAUGUUCAGAUUUAUGGGGAAUGGAUUCACAGAGUAUGAGAUGGAGGAAGGAAACGAUCUUUCUUUUUACGUAGAAGUUGCAGAUAAAGCUCCUUCCGCGCUUUCUUAG